UUUACAAGCGAUGGGAAUGUUGAUCAUAUCGUUGUAAACACACCAAUAGGGAUAAUUUAUGUUGAGAAUUAUUUUAAUUUUUUAGUGCAGUCACGCAGAGAAUAAUGUAUUGAUAAAUAAGGUUGACAUAGCUGUCGAAUGUUUGUGACUAAAGUGUAAAAAGAAAGCCAGAGUAAUAGAAAAUCGUAUUUUUCGAGUUGCUCUUGGAGGCAUCACCAGCCUCCUGAAUCCUGGGUGUGUGCAGGCAGCAGAGCCCGUAGACAGGGGGGAGAAAACACCAGCAACAUCGCAACGUGAGUCCAGCGGUGCCUGUCAUCUGUCACUUUGUCGGGAAACUUCUUCCAUUGCACAAUCGGGCGGACUAAGAAUGGCGAACUGCCCGAGCUAAUUCCUGAAGAGGACCUCCAUUCAGGGGUGGACUGGCCAAAACUGCCAGGUUGAUCCCUCGCCCAGUCAGUCUGUCACAUCCUUGCGUCCGAGGGGAUCCAGGACCUGUGUGGAGAUGCAGACCUUCCUAAAAGGCCGUAGAGUCGGCUACUGGCUCAGCGAGAAGAAGAUGAAGAAGUUGAAUUUCCAUGCUUUUGCAGAUUUGUGCAGGAAAAGAGGGAUCGAGGUUGUUAAGCUGGACCUCAGCGAGCCUCUGGAGGAUCAGGGUCCCCUGGAUGUCAUCAUCCACAAACUGACGGACCUCAUUCUGGAAGCGGACCAGAAUGAUUCCCAGGCUGUGCUGCUGGUGCAAAGAGUGCAGGACUACAUCGAUGCACAUCCUGAGACCAUAGUCCUCGAUCCCCUUCCAGCUAUCAGGACUCUGCUGGACCGUUGCAAAUCUUACCAGCUAAUCCACCGGAUAGAAAGCUGUAUGCAAGACGCCAGGCCCAUCACAAAGACUGUUAUGACCUGGCCGGACGAUGCACUCCCCAAACUUCAGGACUGCUUCCAACACACAGACUGGGACCUCUUCCAACAACAGGAGCUGGAGACAGCCACAGGAACGGUGCUGGACUACAUACAAUUCUGCAUCGGGAAUGUAACUGUGGAAAAAACCAUCCGGGUUUACCCCAACAAGAAACCCUGGAUGACCAGCCAGGUCCGCACACUCCUCAGGGCCCACGACGCAGCCUUCAGGUCAGGGGACAGGGCACUGUACAGUGCUGCUAGAGCCGACCUGAAGAGAGGGAUUAAAAAAGCAAAAGCGCACAACAGGAGGUGCAUAGAGUCCCAUCUGUUCAGCAAUAACUCACGGGAGGUGUGGCGAGGCAUUCAUGACAUCACAAACUUCAGAGGCUGCAAUGUGACAACUGUGGAUCAGAGUGUGACACUGGCAGAGGAGCUUAACUGUUUCUUUGCCCGUUUCAAAACCCCCCAGCGCCACUCAUCUUCUCCAGCCCUGCUCCCGCCCCCACCGGACUCCGGCACCACUCCACUCACUGUACAGGAGCACAGUGUCAGACGAGUGCUCCUGGCUGUGAACCCCAGGAAGGCUACCAGACCAGACGGAGUACCUGGAAAGGCGCUCAGGGCGUGCGCUCCCCAGCUCGCUCCCCCCUUCACCAGGAUCUUCAACCUCUCCCUGGCUCAGGCAGUCAUCCCAUCCUGCUUGAAGUCAUCUACAAUAAUCCCGGUGCCGAAGAAGUCUCCCAUCACCAGCCUGAAUGAUUACCGACCAGUGGCCUUCACUCCAGUAAUCAUGAAGUGCUUCGAGAGACUGGUUCUCCAGCACAUCAAGAACCAUAUCCCUCCAGACUUCGACCCCCACCAGUUCGCAUACCGGGCGAACAGAUCCACAGAAGACGCCAUCGCUGUUGCUCUCCACUCUGCUCUGAACCACCUGGAGCAGCAGCAGAGCUACGUCCGGACUCUCUCUGUGGAUUAUAGUUCUGCCUUCAAUACAAUAAUCCUGGACAGACUCUGCAAUAAACUGGACACUCUUGGCCUCCCCCCUCUCACAAGCGCCUGGAUAAGGGAUUUCCUAUCGGACCGACCCCAGAAGGUGAGACUUGGCCCUCACCUCUCAUCCACCCGCACGCUGAGCAUCGACUCCCCACAGGGUUGUGUGCUGAGCCCCCUCCUCUACUGCCUCUACACCCUUGACUGCAGUCCAGCCCACAGUGACAACCUUAUCGUCAAGUUCGCUGACGAUACCACAGUGGUCGGGCUCAUCUCCAGGGGUGACGAGGCUGCCCACAGGGAGGAGGUCCUGAAUGCUGACGGCCUGAUCUUCGGAGAACAACCUCGCUCUCAACACCAGCAAGACCAGAGAGAUCAUCGUUGACUUCAGGAGGAGCAGCACCGACCCUUCCCCCCUCUACAUCAACGGUGAGCUUGUGGAGAGGGUCCACACCUUCAGGUACCUUGGAGUCCACAUCUCUAACGACUUUUCCUGGACAGUCAACGCCACAUUAAACAUCAAGAAGGCUCAGCAGCGGUUACACUUACUGAGAGUCCUCGGGAAGUACUACCUGAACCCUGACCUGCUGCUGACCUUCUACCGUUAGUCCAUCGAGAGCCUGCUGACCUACUGUAUUAUAGUAUGGUACGGCAGCUGCACUGCAGCAGACAGGGAGAGGCUGCAAAGAGUGGUCAAGACGGCUUCAGAAGAUCAUUGGCCGCCCUCAUCCCUCUCUGAUGGACAUCUACACCUCCCCCUGCCUCAACAGAGCCAGUGCCAUCAUCAAGGACAGCACCCACCCUGGCUCUGACCUGUCCCACCUGUUGCCCUCUGGGAAGUGCUACAGGUGCAUUAAAACCAAAACAAACAGGUGCAUUAAAACCAAAACAAACAGGCUAAAGAACAGCUUCUGCCCCAGGGCCAUAACCACCCUGAAUGGACUGCCCCAUUGACCAUCAUAACUGCCUUCUCUUCGGUGUAAUAACCCAUUCCACCAACCACACUGUUUCUUCAUGUAGAUAUUCAUGUAUAUAUUAAUUUCACCCACUGUAUAGAGUGUACGUUUGUAAAAAAAAAAAAAAAACACUUCUAUAGUUUUUAUCACUUGUAUACUUUUAUCACUUCUAUAUUUUUAUAUAUUUACACAUUGUUUUCUGCAUGCACACAUCGCACUGUAUGGAAUGGCUUCAAUCUCAUUACCCUGCGUAAUGACAAUAAAGCUGAUUCUGAUUCUGAA